AUGUUCUUUUACUACCUGCUCUUCUUCUGUUUGUUGUAUGAUGUGCUCAUCAGCGGCUGCGAGGCGUUCAUCACCACUGGUCACAGCACGAAGGAAAGAGCGAUUUCAAUAGGAUCAACUAAUGAGAAAAGCGCCGGCGACUGGCCAGAGUACAUUGACGAGAUGCGAUCCCUGAUUCUCUUCAUCCUCUUCGUCCUUAUGCUACUAAUCGACGCCAAGCCACGUCCUUUCGACGAUACUGUCCGGUUGAUUCGAGUGAAACGCCAAUGGGGAUCGGAGUGGUAUCGGCUAUAUCGACCGCGGUGGGCCAAAUGGACUGCCGGCACUGGAUAUCGCCCUUGGUACCUACUGCCCUUAACGCAGGAUGGACCCACCAUUGCACGACAACAUUCCCUUCUA